UUUACAUUUUAUUUAUUUUUGCGUAAUAUAGUUGAAGGAGCACCGAACACUAAUAUUGAAAUUUUUGUCUAAUUUAGAUCAACCUGCAACACGUUAAAACAGAAAAUGAGCAUUUAUGAUAAUGAGUAGAAAUGGGGAAAAAGUAGGAGAAAUGUGUUAGUUUGUAGAAGUUAAUCAUUGUAAUUUGACCAAAUAUCCCAUAAAAAUGGCAGAAAAAAUAAAGAGUAUCCCUGAACAAAAACUGAAAGCCUUUUCAAUUGGGACUAUGGGAAAGAGAGGGUUGUCAAAAAAGGAACUCGAGGAACAACGCAAAAGAGAGGAAGAAAAAGCAGCAGCUCAUGUUUUCCAAGAAUUCGUAGAGACAUUUCAAGAAGCGCCCUUAAAUGGAAGUAGCAAAGUGUGGGUUAAAGCUGGAACAUAUGAUGCGGGAGCACGCAAGGAAGAUACAAAGGACAAAGGCAAACUGUACAAACCAACUUCCAGAAUUACGCCGUCACAAGAACUUAUGACUUCUGCCGAACGUGCCCAGGCUUAUGCCAAAUUACUCUCGUCAGAUAAAAAGCCAGAACGAUUAGGCAAGAAGAAACCAUCUACAAAAAGUAAUUUAGAAGCAUUCAUGGAAGAGUUGCGACAGAUCCAAGAAGAGAGGGAAGAAAGACACAAGUAUAAAGGUGCGAUUCGUACUCCUAUAGAAUCCGAACUUGACCUGUUCAUGAAAAGUGGCGACAUCGGCUCUUUUGACAAUGGAGAUCCUACGACAACUAAUUUAUAUUUAGGAAAUCUUAAUCCUAAGAUUACAGAGCAGCAGCUUAUGGAAAUAUUCGGGCGAUUUGGACCACUAGCUAGUAUAAAAAUAAUGUGGCCACGUUCGGACGAAGAAAAAGCGAGGGGGCGGAACUGCGGGUUUGUGGCAUACAUGUCUAGGAAAGAUGGGGAAAGGGCACUCCGUAAUUUGAACGGGAAAGACAUUUUCGGUUACGAAAUGAAGUUAGGUUGGGGAAAAUCCGUAAUUAUCCCGCCACAUCCAAUUUAUAUCCCUCCGGUUUUACUAGAAAUUGCGCAACCACCUCCGCCGUCUGGUUUACCGUUUAACGCACAGCCGGCUUUAAAAGAUAGAGAUAUCUUGCCGAAAAGCCAAGAGGAAUUGAACGAUAUUCUUUCUAGAGCUGUCGUUAAGGUUGUUAUACCUACUGAUAGGAAUCUGCUUAUGCUUAUACACAGGUUGGUAGAAUUCGUUGUGAGGGAGGGGCCUAUGUUCGAAGCGAUGAUUAUGAAUAGGGAGAUCAACAAUGCCCAAUUUAGAUUUUUGUUUGAAAACCAAAGUCCAACUCAUAUUUACUAUCGUUGGAAGGUGUUUUCAAUUUUGCAUGGGGAUUCUCAGAAAGAAUGGAAAACGAAAGAAUUUCGAAUGUUUAAAGAUGGAUCAAUUUGGAAACCGCCUAUAAUGAAUUCUUAUACAGGAGGAAUGCCAGAAGAAUUGGUACGGGAAGACGAAGCCAAGGAGAAUUCUAAAGGAUCACUUUCGAAUUCUCAGCGUGACCGAUUAGAAGAUUUAAUUCGUAGUUUAGCACCCGAGAAAACUAAAAUUGGGGAAGUGAUGGUAUUUUGUAUCGAGCACAGUGAUGCAGCGGAAGAAAUAGCUGAAUGUAUAACGGAAUCGCUUUCUAAUGAAACUACAGCAAUAACGAAAAAGAUUGCAAGACUCUAUUUAGUGUCUGACAUUUUGCACAAUUGUGGCGUUAAAGUUAAUAAAGCAUCAUUUUAUAGAAAAGCAUUCGAGAAUAAAUUAGUUGAAAUAAUGACACAAAUAAAGGGCACCUACGAUAAAUUAGAAGGUAGACUACAAGCUGAAGGUUUUAAGGUUAGGGUUUUACGGAUACUGAAGGCAUGGGAAGAUACGAUCUAUCCUAAAGAUUUCAUGAGCAAACUGCAUAAUACAUUUUUAGGUUUGGAAGACGAGGAAUCUAAGGAGAGUCCGGUUCGAGAAUUGGGAGAAGAUAUUGAUGGAAAUCCUUUAGAACACCAAGAAUCGGAUGAAGAUGUACCGAUGGACGGUGCAGCACUUCUAAAAAGCGCGAUGAUGCAGUACGAGAGUGGUUCAGCAGACGAGGACGAUAUAGACGGGCAAGAAAUAAAAGACGACACUGUAGAUAAGAAAGACUCUGGUUUGAGCGGUUUUAUAACCUCAAAAUGGGAAACGGUGGAUCCCGAUCAAAUCGAGGCGCAAGCAAUGACGACUAGUAAGUGGGAUCUUCUCGAAAACAGUCAGGAUGCUAGUCGUGAUAGCAGUCAAAAUGAUAACCAAGAUUCAAAUGAUUAUUCUGAUACUAGGAACAUGACGGAAGAGAAACGGCAGAAGCUGAGAGAAAUAGAGGUUAAAGCUGUUCAGUACCAAGACGAGUUGGAAUCGGGUCAGAGGCAGUUAAAAUCUGGUUGGACUUUGCCACAGCAAGUGGAACACUAUAGACGGAAAUUACUCAGAAAAUCAGAGAAAGAAAAGAAGGAGAAAGGUGAGAAAACGCCAAAGAGUGAAAAACAUAAAAGGGACUAUGAAAAAAGUGAGAGGAGGACAGGAGAGAGUUCGGACGAUGAUGCAUACUACAAAGAACUUACUACUAGAAAAAGUAAAAAACAUGCUCGAAGUUCAUCAAGUGGUUCAACGUCUCGACACAGGUCAAAAAGUCGUUCGCCACCGUCUCGCAAACGAAGUUCUAGGGUUUUGAGUCCGCCGAGCCCACCACGAAUUAGGCGGCAUUCCCCCGUUUCAACUUCCUCACGUUCUUCUCGUAAAAACAAAGAUUCCCUGUCCCCAACCAAUUCUAACGGUAAAUAUUCCUCUCCUCGGCGGCACGGCAGAUAUUCUCCCUCUCCCCCACGUAGCAAACACAGUCGCAGAUCCAGUUCGCCUAGAAGUAAGCAAAGCAGUCCGGCACGAUCCAGAUACCACUCGCCCGAAUCUUCCAGGAAACACAGACAUAAACAUAAAUAUUAAUCCUCUUUUACCUCACCUUUUCCAUUUAGAUUUUUCACUGUAAAUACAGGUUUUUCAUAGGGGUGCAAGCAGUUCAAAUUAUAUUACGUUGUUCAAUGAUUCAAGGAAUCUAUCUCAAAAAUUAUUUUUGAAAUAUUAUGUAAAUAUUUAUUAUUUAAGCUUUAUACUGUCAUUUUUAUGUGUCUUAUGUAAUUUCAUAAUGUAAUAAAUGACCCUUAGAUGA